GAAAAAUGUCUGAAACCACAAUUAAUAUUUGCAGAUUUUGUUUGUGUAAAUGCAAAAAGUCAAUUAAUAUCCUCAGCACAGAGAAUUUUAUCGAAAAAACCAAAGAUGUCUUUUAUAAAUUGAAUUUGGAGAUUUCUGAAGAAAAUGGACUUCCAUUCGUUGUUUGUGUCGUUUGCUACAACACAAUCGACCAAUUUCACUCGUAUUUCAUCACGGUAGCAGAAAAUCAGGACAAAUUAACAUCAGAGCUCGAAGAAAUGCUUGAGGAAAGUUGUUCUGUAAAAGAUAAUUACGAGGAAUGGCAAGAAACUGUCGAAGAAGUUGGAAAUUAUAUAGAAGUAAAUGACGAAAAUGAUUCAAAUGAGGAAAUUUCAACGAAAAAUAUCGAAAAUUUAUGGAUUUCGGAGGAAAACAUUCAACGAAUUAAGGAAGGAGCCUCUUUGGAUGCGACUUUGAGAGAAAAAUUCUCAAAAGAACAACUUUUCAUCUGUGAUUUUUGUAAUUUUUACACUUUUGACAAACAACGGAUCGAAAGUCAUUUGUUCGAAUGUAAAGAUUCGUGGGAGUUAUCGAAGGAAUCUUAUAAAAACCCAACUCCCAAAGAACUUUUGACGAUUCAAUGCCCUUUAUGUCCCUCAGAUGCGCUGAAAAUGAAAAAUGAUCGUGUCCUGCAGUUACAUUUGAAGGAACAUGCUGACUACGAACGUAUCGAUCGUGAACGUUUGGAGCGAGGAUUCUUGCCUCUCAUUCCAUGCCCGAAAUGUGAACGUCGAUUACGAACCGAAGCAGAAUUUCAGCUACAUCUGAAGAAACACGAAAAAGACGAGUUAAUGACAUGCGAAUUAUGCGGAAGAACAACUGUGACAUCAAAUCUUCGAUCCCAUUUGCGAAAUCAUUUCAAGAAAAUCAUCUGCGAAUUCUGUUCAAAGACUUUCAAGAAUCCCGGAGGCUUGCAAAAACACAUUCAAGCGAAACACAAUGGACCUGAGCAUUUUGUGUGUGAUCGUUGUAACACGAAAAUUCGUCGCGAGCUUAAAUUUAAGGAACAUUUGGCAGUUUGUCGAGGUCCAGGAACUGUUUGGCCUUGCAUUCAUUGCGGAGAAACGUUCGAAAGUAACAGUCAUCGACAUUAUCACGUGAAAAAAUUUCAUAUUGGAUACAAAUGCAAGACAUGUGGUAUAGAAACGAAAAGUGUGACAGCUUUGAAACAUCAUUACAAGUCAGAAACGCAUCGAAUGAAGAGUCAAGAGAAACGCGCGGAUAUCGCACACUCCAAAUUAACGAAAAACAAAGGAGGUUCAAUGAGUUUAAAACGUCGAUAGAAAAAAAAAUAUUAAAAAAAAUAUUUAAAAAAAAAAAAUAUCAAAAAAAAUAUUUAAAAAAAAAAUAUAAAAAAAAAUAGAAAAAAAAUUUUUUUGAAGUUUUCAACUUCUAAAAUUAUUUUUCGCGAAAA